AUGCCUCCAAAAUUUGAUCCAAAUGAAGUUAAAUUCCUUUAUUUAAGAGCCGUUGGUGGUGAAGUUGGUGCUUCAUCCGCUUUAGCUCCAAAAAUUGGUCCAUUAGGUUUAUCCCCAAAGAAGGUUGGUGAAGAUAUUGCUAAAGCCACCAAAGACUUCAAGGGUAUUAAAGUCACUGUUCAAUUGAGAAUCCAAAACAGACAAGCUACUGCUUCCGUCGUCCCAUCUGCUUCAUCUUUAGUCAUCACUGCAUUGAAAGAACCAGUCAGAGACAGAAAGAAGGAAAAGAACGUCAAGCACUCUGGUAACAUUCCAUUAGAAGAAAUCUACGAAAUUGCCAGAAAAAUGCAAGACAAAUCAUUUGGUAAGAACUUGGCAUCUGUUACUAAAGAAAUCUUAGGUACUGCUCAAUCUGUCGGUUGUAGAGUUAACGGUAAGAACCCACACGACAUCAUUGACGCCAUCAACGCUGGUGAAAUCGAUGUUCCAGAAAACUAA